AUGGCCUCGUUAUGGCUGGCCCGUCUAAGGGCCCCACAUCGUGGGGUCUCUUCCGGGGGCGUUCUCCUUCAAGGGGCGUUCAGGCCCCUGGCCGCGUUUCAGGGAGUGGCUCCGCACCAGCGGCCAACUCAAAGCCCUCAAACGCGAGCCUACGCGAACUUGAGCGACAGCUGGGGCUUCAAGAAGGUCCAGUACACCAAGUACCGCAUCACGAAGCCCUGGACGACCGACACCCAGUUCGACGACAUUCUUCUUUCCGAGCCCUCGAGGGAGUCUCUGGCCAAGUUCACGAAGGAAGCGCCGCCAUUUCUGCGCUUUUUGAAGCUGGUGACGGACGUGGAAAACAGGCCACAGGCCUUCAUCGAAUAUGCGCUGAGGUGCCGCGACGGGCUGGUGGUGGAGAAGGACGUUUACAUCACCAAGGCGGAACUCAUGAAGUGCAUUUGGGAAAACGGCUAUUCCGAAAACGAAAUGAACGCCUUCGAAUUCGCCUUCCCCGCCGACUACAAGUUCCACUACCCCGAGCUGGCCGUCUUGUUUGACUUGCCCGAGGAGGAGUGCUACAAGUAUUGCAUGCGGCAGCGGGCGAAGACUCCCGAGGAGCUCGUGGAGGUGAAGUACGAGAAGCCCAAGAACCUGCUCUCGAGCUACGGACUCUGCUUCCUGGGCGUCUGGUACGGCUUUUCGAACCAAGUCCUCAGCAACGCCUGGUUCUACUCCAAGACCUUCCCCUUCGGCGCGGUGUUCUACAUGCUGGCUUCUUACUUUUACCGGAAUAUCCGGGAGUACUUGUGGAAAGAAGACAAAGCUCUUAUUCAGGGCGCGAAGGAACGCAAAGACGCGGGCGAAGAGCUGGUGCACCGGCAGCUGAAGAAGUACGCAAACGACGCGCGCUGCGUCGAGUACCUCUCCUCCUUCAAAGAGGAAGUGCAGCAGCAGCUGCAGGAGUACCACGAGGCCUUGCUGGAGCAAAUGAGGGAAAAUAUGGUGAAAAAGAUGAACAGCAAACUUCUUUCGAUUCAGCAGGCGGAGCAAGCCAUCCAAGGCUCUCUUCACGAGGUCAUCGUGAACGAGCUCGUCGACUCCUUCCACAAAAAAGUCGAAACCGACGCGAAAAUGCAAGACGCAGCGCUGAAAGCCGCAAUUGAGGCCAUUUCGGGGGAAUCUCCUUCAGUGGAUCCAGUGGGAGCACACUUUCGAGCGUCGUUGAAAGAGCUCCAGAGUGCUGAUGCGGAGGGAUCAAAGCCAGCGCAGAGCGGAUCAGUUCGUGAACGAGUAUCUGCAAUCUUUCGCCGUCGUGAACAGGAAUUCCUGGAAAUGUUCACAGUCAGUCCUGAAGAAGCUGAUGAAGUGAAGCGCAUCACUGGAAAAUGCAAAUCUGGAAAUGGCUAUGACUUUUCCAAGCUCUCAAAGGAAGAAGCAGAUCGCCUGGACAACCUGCAACAGAUUAUAUUUGACCGCGUUGGAUAUACGACAGUCACGGAGAAUGAUAUUAAGCCUCUUACCGCAGUUGGUGAAUCGGGCGCUGCACUAAUCGAGCAUGUUAACAACCAGAGUAGUGAGCAAGCUGUCUGCGACGGCUGCAGCGUGCACGAGCUGCGGUGUCUUGACACCGUAAGACGUCCCGGCUCACCAGUGACAACGCGCACUUCAGAAAGAAACGCGGAUCGGAACAUUUGUUGCCGACCGACCCCAAGGCAAAAUUUGUAUCUAAAAGAUUCACCUCUCAGGCAGCUAGUAGAAAUGAGAGGAACUGCCAUCCGGACCGCCUUUGGCGGCCUCGAGGAGGUUCAAGCUGUAAGUGAAACUUCGUCAUUUGCUCUUAGGAACUCGAAUAAUGUCCAUAUUUUAGGCUGCAGGCACAGGGUAGGAAAAGCAGGCACACGUAUUCCCAGGGAAUCGCUGUUCACUCUCCUCGUCACGCUCUUCAGGGAAACUAGUGAUGGAUUGCUUCCUCAUUUGGCGGACACGCAUUUCUGGAAGCGGCUUUCCUUCACGCAGUUCGUCAUGCCAGUCUUCGCCUUCAUUUCGGAUUCGUAUCCUCUCCGCGGCGGCCGUAGAAAGCCCUACAUGAUUGCCUUCAGCUUGUUAGAAGGGCUUGGCUUUAUCAUGUUGGGAACGUUUCCCACACACGUGCGUGUUCUGUUUGUAUCUGUUCACUUGAAAACAACGCGAAAUCCUCCGACUUCAGAUCUUGACAGCUCUGCUCUCCCUAUUCUUGAUAUCGGCAUCUUCCUGGCAACCUCCAUAUUCCCUCUGUUCAUUGCCUUCAUCACCCUCUUCAUGGAAGAUGUUGGUGGAGCGCCAUCAUACGACAUGAAGACGCAACUGCGCCUGCUCAUGGAAUUCCUUAAGCAAUGUUUGCCACAUUGCAUCCUCAGGUUCACCUACGGUAUCGCCGCGCUGGUUGGAGUGGUGAUGUACCGGACGUUUUUCAAGAGGACCGGUUUCCGCAAAACCCUCCUCGCCACGAUUCUUGUAGCUGUGCCCAUCUACCUUUCACCCAAUGCGGAAGUGCAGAGGGUCAAGCAAUACCACGACUCCAUCUACGAGAAGAUCCGCCAGCAAACCGCUUAA